CAUUUCCGUAAGCGACACCAAAAGAAGCGUUGAUAGCAACACAACAAAAUUAUGGCUGUGACGAUUGAUUUAACGCGAGGUGAAGUGACAGAAUUUAGUGGAUCAUCAGAAGAGGACAUAAACUAUGCAAAAACAUUUUGGCAGUCAGUUCAACUGCAGCCUCCUGUUGAAUCCCGAUUGGUAUCAAGUGACAUCAAACAGAGGUUGAGAGUUGCCCCAUCUGCAUCACAAAGUGGAGCAAUGGUGCAUAUGUGGAAAGAUGAACCAAAAGAGGAGAGGGCAACCAGAGAAUUUCUGAUGAGAGCUCAAACAAUGGAAAAAUUAGAAGAAUAUGAAAAGAUGCAAAAGUUUGCUAAAGCAAUGGAGGAAGAUAAGCAGUUAGUGAAAAAACACAGAGAAGAAAGAAUAAAGAAAGAAGAAAUUUCAAGAGGUAAAAGUACUAAUGGAAAGAAGAAAGUUAAGGAAGCAUUUGUAGAAAAUGACUAUGACAAUCCUCAUGAAGAAACAUAUGAAGAAGCUUUAAGACAAUUAGAUCAGUUUCAAAAAAAUAAAUUUGGUGAAGAUUCAGACUCAGAUUAAUUAGUACAAGUAUAGCUAUUGGUUUAAAUUUAUUUUAUACUUAUUGUGAUAUCUCAUUUUAUUGUUUACUACUUGUUGAUUUGUACGAAUAAAUUGGAAAUAGAAA